AUGCGUAUGUGCGCAAAUUGCACGCGAUUCGGCGACUGUUUGAGGUACGCGUCCAUAGGUACGCAUCGUACGCAUCGUAUGAAACGGAUCAAUUUGUGGUAGUGCGUCCACUGUAUACGUAGCGAUCGGAUUGCCGAUGCGGCGGUCGGAUUUUUUUUUAGUAACAUUCGCAUUUUCGUUGCGAGUGGACUUGUCAUUAUUGCUUUGUUAUUAGAUGAAGAAGAUGAAGAAGAAAGAAGAGGAAUUAAGAGAAAACAUAAAAUGUGGAUACAUGACAUAUUCAAAAAAAGGUCACAAUUUGGAGAAUAUCAUGCACUGUUUACUGAUUUGCUCAACGGCGAUGUAAAAUUCUUCCAGUAAAAUAAUAAAUAUAUUACAAUUAAAACACGCGUGUACUGAGUGUCGAAAUACAACAAAAUUCAAAUGAUCAGUGAGGCGACCAGAGACGACCGGUUGUGACACGCGUCCACUUAUCGGCAAUCCGUAUGACGUCAUCCGCACCAUUCGGAAAAGUCGCCCCCUCGAUCAAUUUCGUCGGCAUUACCGCCGGACCGAUGCGUGCGGUCCGUCCGUCGCCGGUCAGUGGACGCACGUGUAUAACUUACUAUACUAAUAAUUCUAAAAUCCGUUUCAUACGAUCCGUUCGAUGCGUACCUAUGGAUUAAAUGAACAGAAUUUGGGGCGCAUGCGCAAUGAUCGUCGCGCGGCUUGUUUUCCCAUCGCCGCCGUGUACUAAAAAUAGACGUGUUAUUAUGGUAAACCCGCGGCACGUUCAACGACUGAACACAUAAUCAUAAAUUAGUUAUCAUUUGUCACGGCGCCUAAUGAAACCGAUUGCAAUAUUAGUACAAUAUUUUUGUCAUGUUCGAUGUCAUGUCGCGUCGUGUUGGUUCGUUUAAAUUCGUUUAAAACGCGCGCCGUCGCGCUUUAGUAAAAUGCAGUAAAAAUGAUUUACUAAAAAAGUAGGCAGUCCAGAGGCCUAUUCCGAUUUUUUCAGUUAUGACUCCCGAUUAAGUAGGGUAUUCUAUUGGCCAUUUUAUCCAAAUUUAUAUCGACAACACUCUUUGGUUAUGCGAAAGUCAUUGUACACGAAAAUAGUUUUGUUGGUCGUGUUUGUUAUUGGGUGAAAUUAAGUCUGUUUGGAAUACUGUUUGGGUAUACUAUACGAAACAUGUGUAUCGUUAUUAUAAUUGUGAUUUUUUUUUUUAUGUUUUUAAAUUCUAUUGUUGUGAAGUUUAGUUUUUGUUAUGAAUGUAGUGGGAGUGAUACAUAAGUUGCCUCAAUAAAUUUUGUGGGCAAACGUUCUUGAGUCAAUCAAUGAAAUCCAAAUAAAUGUUUGUAUUUUAUAAACUCGUGGUCUUGCCGUCUGUCUGGUUCUUAAGCCUCUUUACCACAUGCCUAUAUAACAGUGGUGUAAAAAAAUUGGACGCAAUACUGUAUUUAUUACCAGGUUUAAUGCUUAAACGGCUUAAAUUUGAUAUUUAAGAUUUACAUAUUGAAUCGAUUCAAUGAUUAAUUAUGGAGAUCUAUGAACCCUUUAAGUGGAAAAUCUUUUUAUACAUUUGUAUACGUAAAACUAGAUAGAGAAUUUACUAAAUAGUACCCGGUGACUAUUACCAAAUGUCAAAUAUCAUCACCAUUAUUGUCGUUUUUCUUACCAAUCUGCGCCCACCCACCCAAUUAUAACCAUGCAUAUUGAAAACCCCGUCGCCACGCCGCUGAAUUUGUGAUAGUCGAAUCCGAUCAAAUAAAAAAUAUUAAGUACGUGUUAAUUAUGCGAUUUAAAGUAAGUUUGAAAUCCUCGUGUUUUACAUUUUAAGUAUUUUGUUGUUUCGUUUUAUUGAGAAAAACGUCAUUUGAUUAUCUCCUCUUAUUUAAUCACGGUGAAAUUUUAGUUUUCGUGUAUUAAAAUUUUACUACACUAUGAGCGUUCGAACAAAAUAAAUAUAUGACGCGCGUGUUUUAAUGUGGAACUAUUAAAUCGUUUGGAACGCAACGAUCCGACAAUUAAAUCGGUUUAUUUAGCGAUAACCGUUUGAAAAUAAGAAACAUUAUGACGCGUACACAGGCACUAAUCACGCGCGUUCAAAUAACAUUUUCAGUUUAAUUUUCUCCCGUGUUCGAUAACCGUUCCAAUGAUCUACGACAGUUUUGGUUAAUUUCAAUCUGGGUAUGUUUACACCGGGUGCACCGUGUAACCGCGUGUCGAACGUGUUUGUUGUGUGGCACGCCGUUUCGCCGACGGACAAUCGAAAUCGUGAUUUUCGUCGGACAUAACACAACGGUCCCCCCCUCCCCCGUUCGGCGCCACUCGCCCGCCGUCGGUCGCCCCUGCCGGGGACGCGCGCGCACGCAUUUAUAGCGCGCCCACGACGCGGCUUAUCAGAUGUGACGCUGUGGUAUGCGGUUCGCCGCACAUUCGGCCCGUAAUAUUAUCAUCGGAUCCGGUAAUGUUUUAUUACGUCCGAUCUACAGACGCGGGCAUUUAAGUUUUAACGUCGCGCGCGGAAAUUAAUUAAUUACGAACCGCGUGCGUCGUGGGCGUAAAUCGGCCGAGUGUUUUUUUUUUCCCCCUUCAACAAUACCGUUUACGCUGCUGGCGCUUUGUAAUCCCUCGACGGAGACUUCGUCCGGUUGUACUUCCCGAGCCAUCCUCAUCGCGUCAGUGGUUACGGUUGAACCGAACGGCAGCCAAUUGAUACUCGAGGUCUCGUUGGGUGUUGUUCGCAUUGCGAUAACCCUUUUUUACAUAUCUGAUAUUGUCACCGUAGCCGGUAUAUUAUCGAGUGCCUAGUUAGUACCUACCCAAUCUUGUUUAGACGUCUGUAGGGAGGCGACGAAUGGCGCUCCGUUCGCUCCGCCCGAAGCCAAAGGCCGAAGGAAAUUAAUCCGAAUUAAACAUUGUUACGCAAAACCACGUCGGACGGCAUUUUUUUAUUUCGUGUGCACGUAUAGUUAGUAUGUUAACGUAUUGCGUGACCGAGCCGGAUUCCCGAAAACGGUUCUGCGAAUCAUUUUGCGAACAAGUACCAUUCACCGGUCUAGAUAAGCCGUGCACUAAGAUAGCGACCGACCGGGGAACCGUUCUUCAUACAUUAAUUACUGUUCGCGGGUGACGCUAUUUUACAGAUUUCGGAUAUUUCUAAUGCUUUUAUCUAGUGCAAUUAUCGGGUAGUCACCAAAUGCUACGUACCCAUAUCCAUUGUACUAGUGGAUUUCCACGCUGUUGUAUUGUUGCGAUGCACCGAACCAGUUCUUUAUAGAACAGCCGAUACACACACCGGUCAUCGAAAUAAAAAAAGCGUCGGGAUCAGUCCCCGAGCCCAACGACACCGUUUUCCCUUCGGCAUUUACAAUGACGAAUUAUUAUUUAUAAGCCGAACAGUUAUAAUUGCAAUUGCAACUUUUAAAAAAAUCAACCUCGUCCCCCCCUCUCGUGACAAAAUCGUCUGACCGCCACCGUAAAGCGCCCGUGUACCAUAUCGGGGAGGACGGGGGGGAGGCUCGAAUCGAAUGGCGAACGUGGAUUGUAAUUUUAUAUCCCAUUACCAGUUACAGAUGCAUAAUACAUAAUACGGUAUUAUUAUAAAAAUUUUUUUUUUUUUUUUAUUAUAAAUAAUCGUCAUGAUUUCAUAUCAAUAACAUUAAUGACUUGUACGAACAAUUAUGACGAUUACGAACAACGGUUCGACGGCAGUUGGUUUUGAACCACGUCGUUCAAUCCGAGACGUGCUGCUCACAUUAUAAUAUAAUACGAGGCACAAUUAACUCGCGAACCCCGGGGGAGGGGGGCUCGGACCCCACAGUGAUAUUAUACGAACGUGAUCCAAGGGGCUCUCUGUACGAACCGGGGACGGGUUUCGGACGAUCCGGUGGGGGGGGAGGGGGGCUAAGCUCCCUAAUCACGUCAUUGUGUUUUUCAUAAUGAUGCGCAUGUGAUUAUUGUUAUGUAGCCGUAGAACAAAAUUUCGGCGGUUUUACAGCGCGGUCGCGGGCCAUCCUGGUCCGUCCUACCGUAUGCAUUAUGAUUAUAUUAUUUAUAGGUCGAUAGAUUAGGAUGGGUGACCGCGGAUGCGGUCGCGGACGCCAGUGGCGGCGACGCGGCUGCGACGUCUACCCGACGACGUGUGCGUACCCUCGCCGAGGGUACAUAAUCGCUUCGCCGUGGCGGCAGGGGCAGCGGCGGCAGCAACGGCAGCGGCGGCGCCAUUGGAAUAUCGAUACGUUGGCCCGCGCGCGGCGUGUUGUUACACAAACGCCACUCGACUUGUGCGGAUUCGCGGCCGAGCUUGCGCUUUAGCCGCCCCCUAAACUCCGCAAACUCCUCUGCACACGCACACGCACGCGGCCGCCUCGUACGGACGACGCGGCACGCACACACACACACGCGCGCGCGCGCGCGCUGCCCGCACACACGCACGUACACACGCGUAUACGCUAAUACACUACCGCACGGUGCGCGCCGCGUAUUAUUCCGAGCCAGUUAGUGUGGACGUGUAGUACACAGUCACCCCUGUGCCGGGCACGUCGUCGUUCCGUCGCUACUCGCUACGUCUCCGCCGUUGCCGCCGCCACCGCCGCCGCCGCCGCCGCCACCACUCCGUUUAUUUAUACAUGUAAUAAACGUUGUGUUAUUGUUGUCGCUGCGCCCACGUAUCAGCCGUCACGCUGCAGUACGCCGCGUUUCGCGGACAAUAACAAUAUUUAGUUAAUAUUGUUGUCGCCGGGUUAAUCCCCCUCCGUAAAAUCGCUCCGACCUCCACCGCUCUUACCAUUAUUGUUAUUAUUGUUAUUAUUAUUAGGUAUUAGUUUUUCAUCCGCGCGCGGUGUUCCGAUACAGGCCGACACAGCCCGGCCGUAAAACCUCAUCGUCGCCGACUCUGUCACCAUUGCGCGUUACACGCCGGGACGCGUGCCAGUGCGACGCUCAGCCACGGCGCGGCACUCAGAAACGGCAGCCCCGGACGGGUUUCGAAAGGUAAAAAUACAAAAGUAUCAUCAUGAUAAUGUGACUAUUGUUGUAGGAUGAAAUAAAUUAUAGAAUAACGUGAACGAAUGGAAAGAAAAAAAAAAGAAGCCAUCCGCCACCCCUGUGCGUUCUCCCGCCGCCGCCGUUUUCGUUUCAAAGCGUCAGCGACACGCACCGCGGAAACGGCGGCGGCCGUAGUUCUAAACCCGAUAAACGUCACGCGCAGCCUUUGUGCGUAAGCGUAAUAAUCGAGAGCUCCGGGUGGGCGGCGAAUUUCACUGACAGGUGUUUGACCCCAUUAUAUUAUAUUGUUGUAUUAUUGUUGAUGCCCGGUACGCGGACGACGAUUGUCUGCGGCCUGCGGGGCGGGCGAGAGUCGUGCAAGUACUUUACCCGUCUCACGGCCGGACGAUGACGGCUGUAGUGGCGCGUCGCUAUCGCACACCGCCACUGUUCCGCGACAAGGUGGCAACGGCGGCGGCGGCGGCGGCGGCAGCACACUCGCGGCUGUCUCAUUAACGACACAAAAGAGAUUACACGGUCGCUGCCGUCCGCCUGUCUACCUGCCACCCGGGUACCCACAUAAUAUUAUAGCUCGUGUGUGUGCGUGAUAUACGCGAAUUCCCUGUCAGCGCGGCCAUCGAUCGGCCGCCAAAUAGCCGCAGUCAGCACGUGUGUCGUCGUCCGCGACAAUUAUAAUUGGACAGUUUUUCGGGGUUUUUUUUUUUCAAUUUUCCCUAAUUCCAGAAUUCCGUAGUAGUAAAACAUUUUAUUGCAAGUACCGCGAUGUCGAAUACUGUUGGAAACUAUCACGCAUAGGGGAAAACAAUGGCGUUAAAAAAAUAACAUUUCCGCUGUUAAACACGAGCACCACAACACCACUUACUAUUAUGGGGGCCGUACAAAUGUAUAAUAAUCAUUAAAAUUGAAAAAAAAAAAAAAAAAAAACUUCCAAGUUAAGAACAUGAUAUGUCGGCGAGAACGGUUUUUUUUUUUUUUUAAAUCUCGUGUCGUAACAUCGUUUUAUCCCGUAAAGUUAGGUUAGAUGAUAAUCCUACGAUUUCGAACAGCUAAUAGGAUGAAAAUUAAUUUUCAUCACGACUCGUUUACCUAUCUAUGGCACGACGUAAUAUUAUCAUUUCCGUUUAGUCGAUAAUUCAAAUUUAUUAAAAAAAAAUAGUUACUGGGAGAUCGGGGGAGAGGAGGGGGGGAUGGUUCAACUUACCAACUAUACCAGUUUUCAAUCCCGGCCAUCGAGUAGGUACAAAUCGAAAAAUCAAUAACCGACCUCGACGUCGACCGCCUGUACAAAUAUAAACGUCUUGUCUUUUCAGACUAACGAAAACUCAAUAAAAUAAUUUCGACUAGGAUCGUAUGCCCAGUGGUGGAUCCUCGUAUUAUUUAAAGAGGGGGGAUGGGGUUAAUAAAAUCGUAUCCAAUAUCAAAUUCAUCGGGCGCCUAGUCAGAAAUUUUCAAAGGCGGGGGGAGUGUUAUGAAAAAAUCCAAAAUCUUUUUUAUUAUCAUUAUUUAUAACAACUUUGUGCUAUUAUAGUUUUACCAUUAGAGUGAAUUGACCCUAUCAUCGAACUCAAAAAUAACAAGAACAUUAUCGAUCUGUACGGCAUGGGUGCUGUUGUUUCGAUAUUUUACAUUUCAAGCGAACAUUUCCUAUAAAAACAUUAUUAAAUUGUGAUAUUUCACACCCCUACUCGUAUCUCGUUUGAAAAUGAAAAUAUCGAAAAAAUAGUGCCAACGUUCCCGAGAUAAAAUUCUUGUAUUCAAGUUUCAUAAUGAUAAUAAUCGUACAAAAAUCCAAUCUAAUAUUAAAACUAACAGCGCAAUAUUGUCGCUGCUGAAUCUCGAAUUUGCUGUGUGUCGUACGUUUGUAAGACGGAUACAAUAAUUCACGUAUACGGAUCGCGAUCUCCAAAUGGAAAAAUGGGAAUCGCUGUCAAUAUUAACGCCACAAUAGCAAUAGCUGUAAUUAUGUGGCCAAUUGUACGUUUCCAUCGCAAUGCCAUUACUUACAGAUACGCGAGAUCGCUUUGGAGUAUGUUACUUGUCCAAAAAGCGAACGCCAUUCGAAUGUUUUCGAGCGAGUGAAUUUUGAUUUGCCCUUCCCCCUCCCCCGAAAACAAACACGGUAAAAUAUAACAGACAGUUAUCAGCAGCGGCGCGCGCAGAGGAAGGGAGGUUAGGGGUCAUAUCCCCUUCUACCUCCCUCCUCCGAUCAAUUGGCUUUUUAGUACAACGUCGACGACGGGCGUUUGCAGUUUUGAUAAUAUUUCAAUCGCGAAACGUUCAGGUGUCCAAAGUCGCCGGGAAAAAUUUGAUUAAUUGAUUACGAAUCGGUUUUUCCGGAUCCGGUUUUCGUAAAUUCCCAUUGGCGGGUCUCGGGUAUAUUUCUACGGUUUACUCGCGAUUACCAUGUUUCGCCACGCUGUUUUCAAUUGGCGAUUCCCGGGCACCCCGCUGCCGGUCGUCGGCGUGUCCUGCGUGAUUGUCAUACUGCACUCGGCGGACCUAAUUGUAAUCCCGCAUGCGCACGAUUUAAAACGAGAGACGGGUCGGCGGACUUGAGCAUCCGAACGGGGCUACGACGACGGUAUAGUUGAAAUUCAACUGCGGCACAACGUCGUCGGAAUCGAUAAGAAGUUACGGGUGGGGGAGGGGGGGGGUGUGUGUGUGUGUGGAUUAUGAGUAUCGCAAGUCUUGGCCGCGGGUAUCCGAAAAUCCGGGGGGGGGGGCGGAGUGAAACGCCGUUAUUGUUGUUGUUGUUCGGUUUCGUCGACGGCGCGCCGGCCAGUUUGAUAACGGGAAAAGAAAACGCGAUCGCCCCGGUGUACACCAAUGAUAACGAUAUGCGUCGUACCGCGGAAUCGGGUAAACUAACACUGCAGUCGAUCACGGCAAUUGCUAUAUUAUUGUUAUUACCAUUACGCGUGUACGCCCCCAACCGGAAAGUGACAGUGCGUCGCCGUUACCGGGCGUCCGCGCCCGUCACACACGCGUGCGCGCGCAAAAAGAAAAAAAGAAGAUAAUUUCGUGUUUUAAUCGCGGCGAUUUUCUCUACAAAAAAAAAAAAAAACAAAAAUAAAAAUCGCGACGAAAUUCGCCGAGUCUUUCGUCCGCGGUCGUUAUCGUAUUCGCCGCCGUACGGCAAUAACGUACAAUAACGGCAAUAUUAUUAUUACGCGCGAAAACGUCGGCAAUCGCGCGAUUACCGUCGUACACCCCCCCCCCCCCCCCCCCCCCCCGUCCACGUCCACGUCACCGUCCAUCAUCCCCGGUACCGUGUUCCCCCGGCUGUGGGUGGGACGGCCACGGCGAUAUUAUUUCUGCGCGGGUCUUAUUUUCUUUUUCGAACCGCCGUAUUAUUAUUGCGCGUCUUCCGCCGGGAACAAACGCAUUCCGCAUUCCUCGCGCUCGUAAAAUGCCGAACCCGCGGCAUUUAUAUCGCCGUUAUUGCCGUUGUCGUUGUUCGCUUUUAACCCCCGGGGACGCCCGGGAAUGUCGAACGCCGUGGAUUUUAAUAAUGUUCGAAAAAAUCACUGUACAGCGCGGCGCGGCUUGGUCACCGCCGUGAAAACGUUCGGCCCGAUCAAGUCGGCGGACCGCCCGCCGUCGGCGUCCGCGACGAAUUUACGAACAGUAUUAUUAUAUUAUUACCGUCGUUAUCGCGCGAUACGUCCGUUACUGUCGUUAUCGCAUUGUAUCUAAUAUCGUGCGACGCGAGACACCCGUUUGUCGCCGCGAUUUCGGUCUUUUUUGUCAUUUUUUUUUUAUUAUUAUUAUUUUCUCGGACAAAUUCGUUUCUCGCUACGUACUAUAAUAAAAUAUACUGCUCGGCUCAGAGCCGUCCGGUUUAUUCGUUUGCGACGACGCGGGCCGUAUCGCUUCGAUUGGAUUUUUUUUUCCCUUGCUCUACGGGCCUUUUGCGGUUUCCGCCGAUCUUUUGCGUCCCCGAUUCCCGCCGCUCCAAUCGAACCGUGUUCAAGCCCUUCAUUAUUAUUACCUAUUAUGUCACUCGAUCCGUCCGACGUUAUGCGCGGUAUUCUUAAUGGCCGUUUUUCACAAUUUUUUUAUUUAUUCGAUUCGCUAGUCAGAACUCGCAUUGUUUACUUCCACUCAGCGCGCACACACGCUGAGUGAUCGACAAUAACGCAAAACACUCGUUAUCUCGGAAAAUAUAGAUUUUUUUUUUUGUUUUCGAAACGUACGCGAAAUACCUAUUUACCUACCUGACACGUCCACCUCGACCUUACGUAUAUUGUAAUAUAUAAUAUUUAUUUUUCAAUUUAAAACUAAAAAAUCAACAUACGAACAUUUUUAACUUCAGUUUAACAAAAAAAACAAAAUUGAAAAUAAUAAAAGCAUUAUUUUAAUGUUUUUAUUGCGUUUUUCCCAAUUAUUAUGAAAACUGCUUGGAAAAUCAAAAAUUUCCUCCUGGAUAAAAUUUCCUUUCAGAUAAAGCGCUAUACUUUAAAAUUUGAGCGGUAUUUUUGGUAGACAUUUUGUAAGCAUUGUAUAAAAAAAAAAAAAAAUUGUCAGAAUGUUUUUAAAUUUCACUGUAUCUGUAAGAAAUGAUAAGCUAUUGCUUACUAAAAACGAUUCUAAGGUUUAGUUGAUAGAGAUGCUUUGUCAACAAUAUAUAUAUCAUAUUAUGGUAAAAUAAUUAAAUAGGCAUUAUAUAUUUUCUUUAAUAAUAUUUGUUUAACAUUGUAUUGAUUUUCCCGUUUUUCUAGUUUUUCACAAAUGCUAGGAAAACUCUUGGAAAAAUCGAAAAAUUACCUCUCCAAAGUACCUCCUCAGAUUUCCUUUUAAAAAAAUGCAAAAUUUCGGGUAGAAAAAGUGUUCACAGAAAAAAGAAUACCAAUAUUUUACUAAUAUACGAGUAUUUUGUACAUUUUCCCAUUUUUUUCAGUUUUUUUUUUCGGUUUUUAUAUUUGAUGUAGAAACUCUUGAGAAAAUCGAAAAAUUACCUCCUUAAAGAAAGUACCACUCCUAGAAAAUUUCUUUUCAGGAAAGGGGCUACAUCGUAUAAAUUAGAGUAAGAUUUUUAGUAGACAAAUUGUUCACAUAAAAACAAAAUAAAUAAACAUCUUUGUAAAACAAAAUAUUCUUUACUUUGCUAAGAAUUUAAAAAGUAAAUAAUGAGUGAGUUUCUGUAUAUUCCGAUAAAUAUUUCAAAUAAAGUAUCACCGGGUGAAAAUUUUUUCCGAAAGAACUGCUUGGAAAAUCGGAGCUAUUUUACUACAACCAAAAGGGUGUUUUCAAGAAAAUCAUACAAAUCAAAUUUUUAGAACACAGUAUUUGGAAUUUCUAUAAAAUGUUUUAAAAAAAUAGUAUCAGGGGAAAAAUCCGCUUUUAAAAAUCGGAGCAAUUUUACUAACCGAAAAUAUGUGUUCCGAUAAAAAAUAAUCGGCAUCAUGGUUUAACUAAUAGAUUCAUCGCUACACUUAGAAUCUAAAAUAAAGUUACAUCAGUCGUGUAAGAGUUGCGGCUUUUAUUAAAUAACUGUGGUGAAACUUUAAACACUGCAUGCGAACGCUGACUUGUGUUUAUAUGUAUACUGGGUCAUAUUCAUGCACUAUUUUUAAAUAAUAUAUAUUAUGUAUAUUGUACUCGGAAUAUUGAAUAAUAUUACACCUACUGCUGUUAAAUAUUAUAAUUAGCCAUUAGUUGCAAGUGCAUUUAUGCAUAUUGUAUAAUGUAAAUACGUACCUAAUGUACUCAGGUAUAAUAUGUUCAUCUGUAAUAGUACUGUGUUUUGUUUAACAAUUAUCUAUAGAGAGCGGUUAUGGCACAUGCGUAUAAUAAGCCGUACAUUAAUUGAUUAUGUAGGUUUUUUUUUUGGAAACGAUAUAUGUUUAUCAUGAAAAUCAUUGAAUUCAUUUCUACUUAUUUACUUUCAAAAAAUUACCUUUCGAUUAAGUAAUGCAAAUGUAUUUUGAGAUCAGAUAAGUAGGUAUUUGCUUUUAUCUUUCGAUCUACAUAGAUAGUUGCGAUAGAACUAAAAUCGAUUGAGACAUGAUAUGCUGUUAAUAAAUAUAUGUAGACUACGGAACGGAUUUUGUUGAAUUAGAAAAAUUGGUACAUAAUCAAUUUUUCUUAUAAUAUAAUGGAAUACAAUAUCCAAUAUAUGUAAAUAUCGAAAAAUUGUAUUAGUAUUGAAAAUUAGAAAAAAAUAUAUUUUAUAAUUAUACAUAUUAAAAAAAAAUAAUACAAAUACCUAAUGUAGGUAUAUAAAACUAAGAUUAUUCUUCCGGAACAAAGCAAUGAGAAACAACAUAUUGUUGAAGGUUUGCAAAUAAAAAAUGUCGACAGUUUGGUUGGAGAAUACUUUUAUAUUGACUAAAAGAAAGUUUCACGUCAACAAAUCUGAUAGGGGCGUAUAUUUAUAUCAGAAGAAGUAAAUUCAAUGAUCAGAGUUCAUUUUUGAUUUUUUUUUCUUUUAGAAUAUCUCUGACGAUUUUAAUAAUUUAAAAUUUAGAAUUUUUUUUAAAUUAUGUUGUCAACACAAUUUGAUUAUUUCUUUGUCUUUGCGUUUUUUUCUAUUAUUUGUCUACAACGUAGAAUAUUUUGGUCAAAAAUUACUAAUAUUGUCAUUUUAUAUAUAGCAGUAUAAAUAAAUAAUAAAUAAUGCAUAUAAAAUAUGCAUUUAUUUACCAAAUAUUUACAAAAUAUUUAAAAUUAAUUUGGGAUUAUUUCAAUUAGAAUGAUAUAAAUUAUACACAUUUUUUAUCAGAUUAAAAAUAUCUCAUUCCAAUAAAAAUAUGUAUUUACAAUAAAAUCCGUUCCCUAUAUAUGACGAAAUAUAAAUCGAUCUAUCGGUAAAAAAUACAUUUUUAGAAGAUACAUUUUUUUCAGGGCACAAAUAUAUACCUAGUUAACAUAAUAUUAACUUGUCUACAAAAAGUAUAGAGAAUGGUUUGCAUCAUAUUUAUAUGUCUUUUAGGGGUCCUCAUGCCAGAUUUGGGUGGAAUAAUUGGCAUUAUACUGCUAUUGGAACCUACAACAAAGUAUAGAAAUCAAAGUUAGAAACCUGUUUAAAUUACAUAAUAUUAUAAUAUAAUACAUUCGGUGUAGUUAUGGCUAAUUUAUUUGAAAACUAAAUACAGCAGUAUCUGCCGCUAGUUAAAUAUGAAAAAAAAAAUGUUUGAUUUAUAAUAGCUAGUAGAACCUAGAAAUAUACAUAUAAGUAUAUUAAUAAUCAAACAAAUUAUUGGGAUUGAUACAAUAAUCAGAAUAUUUUUUGUUUUGUUGUAUAUAGGACGUUUCGCGGGCUCCUAUGA